ACAUGCGUGUGCCAAUUCGAUCCGAGUUUUGUAUGUUUGUGCAUGCAUUUCUUCUAUUUUCGUAGUUCGAAAAGAUCAUCAGCCGAUAAUUGAGCUGAAUGAGAGAGAGCAUGAGUUGUGCGGACAAGUGGGGACACGGACGUAUAAAGCAUGACGAUGUUGCUAGAAACGUAAACAUAACCUAAACGGGUUCAUCGCAUCGCCACAGUUCAGUUCUUUAGUGGUUUUCCAAAGAGAAGCGAAUAUGAGACGACGACUCCGAGGGCCUAGCAGCCCACCUGCUUUCAUCGCCCUUGUGUUAAUUGCGAAUUUCGGGAUUGGCUUAAGUGAUAUCACGUUGUCUGCACAAGAUUUGAUGUUAAAACUGGGCGAAGAGAGUACAGUCCAAUUGAACAUUACGGAAAUUAAUUAUAAAGAUGAUAAGUUGAACUUUUACGUUCAACACGAUGAUAUCGUCUCGAUAGAACCGGACAGCGUGAAGAUGGUGGAUGGGUUUUACGAACUGGUGGUAAAAGGGACGAGCCCUGGGCAUUCCGAAAUAACCACAAAUACCACCAAAACUAAUUACGACACGGAUAGUUUAUUCCUUCGGGUGACGGUCUUCAAGCACGCCCAACUCGAUGUAUUUUCGGAAAUAAUAGGGUGGAUAUACUUCGUGGCGUGGUCAAUCUCGUUCUAUCCCCAAAUCUACAUCAAUUACGAGAGGCAAAGCGUCGUCGGUUUGAACUUCGAUUUUUUAGCGUUGAACGUGGUCGGAUUCACCCUUUACGCGAUCUUCAAUCUGGGCCUGUAUUUCAUACCUGAGAUCAGGGCGAAGUAUGCGGAACUUCAUCCGCGCGGCUUGAAUCCCGUCCAAGUAAAUGACAUUGUCUUCGCGCUGCACGCGACCUUUGCUUGCCUCGUCACUUUGGUGCAGUGCUACAGGUACGAGAGGGCCGACCAGAAGGUAUCCCUAACGGCAAGAUCCAUCCUUGGAGCUUUCGCCGUUUUCCUGGGAAUUGGAAUCAUCUUGGCCGCUACCAACACCAUCCACUGGAUCGACUUCUUGUACUACUGUUCCUACGUCAAAUUAACAAUUACGCUCAUCAAGUACGUCCCCCAAGCCUACAUGAACUAUAAACGCAAGAGCACGGUGGGCUGGAGUAUUGGAAACAUAUUCUUGGACUUCACCGGCGGUAUUUUAUCUAUGCUGCAAAUGAUUGUCAACUCCUACAACUACGACGAUUGGGAAUCGAUUUUUGGGGACAAGACCAAAUUCGGCUUGGGCCUCUUCUCCGUCGUCUUCGACAUCUUCUUCAUAGUUCAACAUUAUAUUCUCUACAGACACACGAAUUACGAAGAAAGCUGAUCUUUUCCUUCACGCACCUGCAUUCUUCACUUAUUAUUUUUUAAAACACAAAUUGUGUUUGUACUUAUUUGUUGGUAUUAUUUAUUAUUUAAGGACAAUAAAUAACUACUUUUUUUUGUUUGUUUCUA